CCCCGCUCUGGGCGCCAUGGAGCGGCAGCGGGAGGUGAAGGCUCUGCUGAAGGGCUGGGAAGCGGCCUUCCUCCGGGAGCGGCGCAGGAAGCCCAGCCAGGCCGACAUCGAGGCGGCUCCGGAGGACAUCAGGCGGCUCUACAAGGAGUACAAGAUGCUCAAGCAGCAGAGAGAGGCAGAUCCCUCUCGGCUCAGUCCCUCCUGCCAACCGGCAGCCCAGGAGACCCUGACUACAGAGCAGGCGCCGGACUCCGGUUGUUGGGGCGCGCACCUGAACCGACAACCCAAAACCCCCAAGCUGAGCUGCCGCCGCCCCGCCGUGCCGAAAACCUCGGCGCAGUACUACGGGAUGAAGCUGAAAUCCAACCUGGGAGCUGCCGGCAAGGAGACACCCCUCACCCUGAGGAGGACCCCGACUCCCAGGAGGACCCUGGAUAUCCCCAAGCCGCGGACAAAUUUGGGGCCAGGUGACAAAGCCGCGUCCCCAGCGCCAGCGGAGGCGUCGCGGAGCGAGGCAGGCGAGCCGGGAGAUCUCCUCCUUCCUCCCUCAGUGUCGGGGCUGGCCCCCCACAUCCUCGCUGCGGGCUUGAAGCCCCCCCCGCCCCAGCCGCCGAAUAAAUUCCAGCAGCUGAAGCGGACGGUGGCCCGGAGACUGGGCUCGCUGGAUCCCGCCUGGCUGCGGAGAUGCCAGGGGACACCUGGGGACGAAGGGACGAUGCUGGGUGCCGCUCGGGAACAGAGAGAGGUCGGAAGGACCCCCACGGAGGAGAAGGAGGAUGGGGACGGUAGGGGAGCAUCCGUGGGAGAUUCCGGGAGGAAAAGGCCACGUGGAGACAGCGGUGGUGGACGCGGCGACGGCGGAGAUGGUGCGGUGGCUCCCGCGAAGCUCAAGCGGUGCCGCCGAGGCUCGGCCGAGGGAGCGUUUGGCGCUGACGGGGGGCUGAAGCAGAGCCAGGAGGAAGAGGAGAAGGAGGAAGAGCAGGUGGCAGCCCGAAAGGAGAGCGGGAAAACGUCGGAUCCCUCGGAAAACCUCCUGGGGGAGUUGGAGGAGGAGGAGGAGAGGCCCAGAGCCACCCGCAGAGCUGCCGUUGCCAGAGCAGCUCCGCAGAGAAGCGGCAACUUCGUCAGGCUCAACCUGAAGAGGAAAUCUCACGUCCGAGGUUGCGCCCUGCGGGGAAAUCGCCUUCGCAAGCAGGUGUGGAAGCAGAAGUGGCAGAAGAAAGCAGAGUUGUUCGGAGGAGGCGGCGGAUCCCUCGACCGAAGCUCCGACGUCUGCUUCAGGUGCGGCAGGACGGGACACUGGGCAUCGACGUGCCGGGGUCGAGAGCCGGCUGCUGGCCUGCCGCCGGAAAACGACCGCGCCGAUGAAGAGGAGGAGGCCCCUCUGCCCACGCUGGAAGAAGUGGCUCGCAGGACCAACAGCGUUUGCCGAGAGCUCGCCGCAGAGAGCGGAGGGGAUGGAUCCGAGCGGAUUUCGGAGCCGACGACUUCCCUGGAUGCGUGGAGACCGGCGUACGAGCCGCCCGCUCCCCCUGCGCCCGUGGAGCCCCUCUACGCCCUGGGGCCGGAGGGGAAGGUGCGAGACACCCCGCAGGAGGUGUUUAACGCUCUGAAGGCUUUGGGCUACGACUCCUUCCGCCCGGGCCAGGAGGUGGCCAUCAUGAGGAUCCUCUCGGGCCUGUCCACCCUGGUGGUGUUAUCGACGGGGAUGGGGAAGUCCCUCUGCUACCAGCUCCCCGCUUACCUCUACCACAAACGCUCCAAGUGCGUCACCUUGGUCGUCUCCCCGCUGGUGUCCCUGAUGGAUGACCAGGUCUCGGGGUUGCCGCCGUGCCUGAAAGCCGUCUGCGUCCACUCCAAUAUGACCAAAGGCCAGCGGGAAGCGGUGAUGGAAAAGGUGCGUCAGGGCGAGGUGCAGGUGCUGCUGCUCUCUCCCGAGGCUUUAGUGGGCGGAAGCGGAUCGGGAUUCGGCUGCCUGCCCUCCGCCGAUCGCUUGCCGCCCGUGGCCUUCGCCUGCAUCGACGAAGUUCACUGCGUCUCCGAGUGGUCCCACAAUUUCCGUCCCUGUUACCUCCGGCUCUGCAAGGUUCUCCGGGAUCGCCUGGGUGUGCGGUGCUUCCUGGGGCUGACGGCGACGGCCACCCUGGCCACGGCGCGGGACGUGGCCCAACACCUCGGCAUCCCACCGGAGGAAGGGAUAACGGUGCGGUCCGCCGCCGUGCCCCCAAACCUGCGCCUCUCCGUCUCCAUGGACAGGGACAGGGAUCAGGCCCUCAUCUCCCUGCUGCAAGGGGAGCGUUUCGGGCUCUUGGACUCCGUCAUCGUCUACUGCACCCGGCGGGAAGAGACGGCGCGAAUCGCGGCCCUCAUCCGAACCUGCCUCCAAGGAAUUCCGCUCAAGGAACCUUCGGGAAUCGGAGAGCCGAAGCAAGACGUUGCCCAAAGGAAAAAAACGAAGGCAAAGAGCGGCCGCCGGCCGCCGAAGUGGAUCGCCGACGCUUACCAUGCCGGCCUAUCCGCCGCCGAACGGUGCCGCGUCCAGAAGAGCUUUAUGAGCGGCCGGCUCCGGGUGGUGGUGGCCACCGUGGCUUUCGGCAUGGGCUUGGAUAAAGCCGACGUCCGCGGCGUCGUGCAUUACAACAUGCCUAAAAAUUUCGAGAGUUACGUGCAAGAGAUCGGCCGGGCCGGGCGAGACGGCGAGCCGGCUCACUGCCAUCUCUUCUUAGACCCGGAGGGUGGGGAUCUCCACGAGCUGCGGCGCCACGUUUACGGCGACGCGGUGGAUUUUUUCACCGUCAAGAAGCUGGUGCAGAAGGUUUUCUCUCCUUGCAAGUGCCUGGAGCUGCAACGGAAACGCCGGGACGUCGCCGGGGACCGCGAGGCGGAGGACGCCGAGGUGGCCGAGCUCUUGGAGGAAGAAGAGGAGGAGGACGGCGGCGCGGCGAGGCAGAGCGGGCGGCGGGCGUGCUACAAGCACGAGCGAGCCAUCCCCGUCCAACAAACCGUGGAGUCCCUGGAUAUCCGGGAAGAAGGAAUCGAGACCCUCCUGUGCUACCUGGAGCUGCACCCGCGGCGUUGGCUGGAGCUGCUGCCUCCCACCUACUCCUCCUGCCGCCUGCGGUGCUACGGGGGACCCCGGCAGCUGCGGGCUGUGGCGCGGAGCUCUCCCCCCGUCGCCGUUUUCCUGGCCCGGGAGCGCCUGGCAGGGAGGGAUCACGGUGACGCCAGCUCCUUGGAAUUCGACGUGGUCUCCUUGAGCGAUUCCAUGGGGUGGGAAGUGCCGCUGGUGAAACGCAACCUGCGCCAACUCCAGUGGGAUUCGCGGUUGCGCCAAGGCGGCGGCGAGGAAGGGAAGAGCGGGGUCCUGGUGGAAUUUGGAGACUUGUCCUUCCAUCUCCGCGUCUACGGUGACCUCAGUGACCAGGAGCUGGACUCCGUCUGCGACUUCCUCCACCGAAGGGUGGUGGCCCGGGAGAAGACGGCUCUUGGCCAACUCCGCGCCUGCUUCCGGGCCUUCCAGAGCGUGGCCUUCCGGACCUACGGCCCUCACCCUGCGGAGGAAGAGGAGGAGAGGAGCUCCCGCCUGAAGGCUCUGCUCAAGGACUACUUCGAGAAGGACCCGGCCGCGGAGCGUGGCUGCGAGGAGGAGGAGGAGGAAGAGGAGGAGGAAGAUCUCGGCGCCGCCGAACUGCGGGAAUGGGAGAGCCAGAUCCGCGCCGACGUCCGUCAUUUCCUCGCCGUCCGCCAAGACGAGAAGUUCUCCGGCAGAGCCGUCGCCAGGAUAUUUCACGGCAUCGGCAGCCCUUGUUUCCCUGCCCAAGUUUACGGCAGCGACCGUCGGUUCUGGAGGAAAUAUCUCCAUUUGGAUUUCCACCGCCUCACCCGCCUGGCCACCGAGGAGAUCCUGGCCGGCAGGUGAGGGGCAAGAGGGGG